GCCGCCAAAACGACGUCGAAUAGAUUCUCAUUUCUGAUGCUGUGCAGGAGGGGGACCGGGACUCGGUGGAAGAAGAGGAGUUACCUAGAAAUUUAUGCAUCGGAAUGCUUCUUCCGUUGUCUGUAGAUUGUACUGCAAAUAUUCGCUUCCUAAGUUCAUCGCCAGCCCGAUCAAAAAAAUCUCCAACGAAACCAGUUGAUGAUCGAUGCAAAAACUUCAACUGGAUUCCUAUAAUAUCCAAUGAAACACUGCACGAGGAAAUAUCCUCCAUCCGUGUCUCCCCUGCAAUUUAGAUCUUGCCGCCGAACACCCCGCGCAUUGACGUCAGCAGAGUGAUAUUCCGAUCCCAAAACACAAACCCUAACCCUAAUUUCAAGACUGAAUCGACAGCUAUUGUAUGAAAACUUUUCAAAAAAUAGACAGAAGUUCCCGGUUUUGAAAUCGAAAAGCUUGAAAUUUCCCUGAAAAAAAAUGUGUACAUGAACCACUCCAUCGGUCUGAUCUCAAAAAAUCAAACAUCAAUAAAACAGGGAGAAAAGAAACUGAGCCCGCUCGUUCGCUCGCUCCGCGCGACACGAUGUACACGAAAAAAACAGUGGUUCGAGCGAGAAGUCGGCGGCCGUGGGCCGGUUUUGGUGGCGCGUGUCCUACCAUCUCCGGCUCCCUAGCAAGGUAACCGGAUGUUUCGGUUCUCCUUCACCAAAGACCGGUUCGUCUUGGAACUUUGACCGCUUACGGGCCGGAUCAUACGGUAAAAUCCGAACAAACGAAGCUAAUCACGACCGGCUGACCGCUGCCCUAACCGGUUCAUCCGGUUCCUUUUCCACGGUUUUAUAAACCACAAACCCCCCUCGCUCGCUCGUUGGCUCGGUCGCUCGCUCCUCUCUCUCUCUCUCUCUCUCUCUGGCAUUCUGAAAAUAAAAAACAUGUUGCUAAGAUGACUUCUGGCUUGGAACCCAUACCUAUUACGUCACAAAAACAUGACCCGGCAUGGAAGCAUUGUCAAAUGUUUAAAAAUGGGGAUAGGGUGCUGCUCAAGUGCAUUUAUUGUGGUAAAAUCUUUAAGGGUGGUGGGAUUCAUAGAAUUAAAGAACAUCUGGCAGGUCAGACGGGUAAUGCGUCUACCUGUCUUAGAGUCCUACCUGAUGUUCAGCUCUUAAUGCAAGAAAGCUUAAAUGGGGUUGUUGCAAAAAAGAGGAAAAAGCAGAAAAUUGCUGAAGAAAUUACAAGCAUUAAUCGAAUUCCUAAUGAGAUUGAUGGAUUUUAUGAUCGGGGACUCCAAGUUCUAACUAAUCCACCUGAACCGGAUUCUAGUCUGGUAGCAAAUCGAGAGGAAGGCACAGCAAAAAAAAUUGUGGGGAGAAAGAAGAAAGGGAAGGCUGUAAAAAAUUCCUCUCCUUCCGCAACUCCUGAAGACAUUCAUCCUAAUAGUAUUGUGUUGAGUUCAAAAAGGCCAAACAACCAAGUUUGUAUGGCAAUCGGACGGUUUUUUUAUGAUGUUGGGGUUCCUCUGGAUGCAGUGAACUCUGUUUAUUUCCGACCAAUGAUUGAUGCAAUCGCUUCACAAGGUUCAGUGGCCGUAACACCCUCGUAUCAUGAUCUUCGGGGUUGGAUUUUGAAGAAUACAGUAGAAGAAGUGAAGAAUGAUACUGACCAAUACAUGGGAAUUUGGGGAAGGACUGGUUGUUCUCUUUUGGCUGAAGAAUGGAAUUCUGGGAAGGGUAGAACAUUGUUAAAUUUUUGGGUUUAUUGUCCUGAGGGAACCAUGUUUUUGAAGUCUGUGGAUAUAUCUGAUGUAAAAAAUUUGCCAGAUGCUUUGUAUGAAACACUUAAGGAAGCAGUGGAACAAGUAGGAGUGAGAAAUGUGUUACAAGUGAUUACUUUUGGUGAUGAGCGAUAUCUUAUUGCUGGGACCAAAUUGAUUGAUACUUUCCCUUCUCUGUAUUGGGCUCCAUGUGCAGCUCAUUGCAUAGAUUCUAUGCUUGAGGAUUUUGGAAAACUUGAAUGGAUAAAUGCAGUACUUGAACAAGCUAGAUCUAUGACAACAUUUGUCUAUAAUCACAGUGCUGUUUUGAAUAUGAUGAGAAGGUAUACUUUUGGCAAUGAUUUGGUGGAAGUGGGACUCACUUGCUUUGCGACAAAUUUUGUGUCAUUAAAACGCAUGUUUGCGCUUAAGCAGAACUUGGAGGGAAUGGUUACUUCACAGGAAUGGAUGGACUGCCCAUUUUCAAAGAAACCAGCGGGGCUGAUGAUGUUAGAUUCAAUUAGUAACCAAUCAUUUUGGUCCUCCAGCCACCUGGUUAUACGAUUAACAGACCCACUCUUGCGACUAUUAAGAAUUGUUUGUAGCAAGAAAAGGCCUGCAAUGGGAUAUGUUUAUGCAGGAGUGUAUCGAGCUAAAGAAACGAUCAAGAAAGAAUUUGUCAAGAAGAAGGAAUAUUCAAUUUAUUGGAAUAUUAUAGAUUUUAGGUGGGAACAACUACGGCAGCUCCCUCUUCAUGCUGCAGGUUUCUACCUUAACCCCAGGUUCUUAUAUAGUAUUGAAGGAGAUAUGCAUAGUGAUAUCGUGUCGGGAAUGUUUGAUUGUAUAGAGAGAUUGGUUACUGACAUAAAAAUUCAAGACAAAAUCAUCAAAGAGAUGAACUCAUAUAAGAAUGCUGUUGGAGAUUUUGGACGCAAGAUGGCAAUUAGAGCUAGAGACACCCUGCUUCCCGUCGAAUGGUGGUCAACGUAUGGAGGGGGUUGCCCAAAUUUGGCACGUUUAGCUGUCCGUAUUCUUAGUCAAACUUGUAGUUUAAUGGGGCAUAAGCGAAGCCAGGUUCCUUUUGAGCAAAUGUACAAUACGAGAAACUGCCUGGAGCGGCAACGACUCAAUGACCUUGUUUUUGUGCAAUACAAUUUGCAACUGAAGCAAAUGGUUCAAAAGAGCAGGGGAGAGGAUUCCGUAGACCCCAUCUCUUUUGAUAGUGUUUGUUUCGUUGAAGACUGGAUUGCAGAAAACAAUGUGUGCUCAGAGGACUGUGGGAGCUCAGAUUGGAUGGCGAUUGACCCGGCUUUAGAGAACACGCUGCUUUUGGGGGCUUUAAAUGAUGAUGCUGAAGAGCUGGGUGCAGCAGGUUUUGAUGACCAUGAGAUUUUCAAUGGAGUGAAAGAUGAGGAAAAUGUUGAAGACAAUUCAGUAAGACAAUAGAAAGGCAGUCAGUAGAGACAUGAUUUCAGUCUGUGUUGUCCUUGUUGAUGAGGGGUUUACCUACGUUCUGAUCAUGUUUAUGUCUGGAACAUGGUUAUUGGGAACUCUAUACCCGAUGGGAGAGCUGGUUUCAUGGGCCUAGAGCUUGCAGCAAUCAUGGUUUUGGAAAGUGAAAUGUGAAAAUAGUUGGAAUUUGUUCUUAGAUUUUCGUAUUGCAAACCCUGUAGGAUAUCUUGUGUUCUUUGGGAAGGAAAUGUGUGUGCUGACAUCGUAGCGAAAUGGGAGCUGCUCAAGCAGCAGAACUCACAAUCCGGCAGCAGCCUUGAUACAGUAUGCAAACAAAAGCUAUUUAAACUUUUUAAAUUUUUAUUGUAUUUUCAUUUAUUUUUAUUUUUGUUAUUUUUAUUAGGAUACCUUCAUGAUUAAGGUAAUUACUUAACAAAUUAGUAUGUUUGGUUUUGCUAGAUUGUGCAGGACCGAGAAAGUUUAAAAAAAGGGGGUUUUAGCGCACUCAUAUAAUGAUACAGUUCUAGGAUAUGAAAAUUAUGAAUUCCAGCAUAGCUAUCAAGUUGUUUGUUGGUUCAACUCUUUUACUGAAUGAGAUUGAUAAAUAGGCUUGGCUUGGAUGCAAGCAGGGGUUAUUGGCAAGGGUAACCCUGAGCUAGAAUGGAAGAUGGCAUAAUCAUUUCUCAACCUUAGGCCAUACAUGCAUUGCUCUCACAAGCUUCUUUUUGUGUAGUGUAGUCUCCAAAAUAAGUAAGAUAAAGCAGGUUUGUUUUUUCUUAUUUUUUUAUACAAAAAUUUUAAAGAACUAUUUAUGGUUAAGUUUGUUAAAUAACUGCAAAUAUAUGACAUGCAAUUUAUACCCAGAUUUUGUUGAAAA